AACCAGCAGAUGGGGCUGCUGGGUCUUUGUUUACGAGACAUCCAAAAAGCAGAGGAAACCCGUUUCUGCUCGCCUGUGAUCGGAAGCUGGAAAAGGGGGACCAGACGCUUGUGUUUCGGCGAUAAUCGGGUGGGAUCUGAAAAGAUCCCGGUGACCCUGCUGUUAUCGUUAGCUGACUAUACCACGAUCCUAAAGGACGAGCUCGUUUGUCAGUGGGAAUUCUUUUCCGUGUUGUGGAGCUGUGGAGAUAAAAUCUGACAACAGAAGUAGCCGUGAGCGGUGGGCGUGGCGUGUCUGAUCGCUGUGGGAUUGGUCUAUUCUGCUUCAGGGGCGGGAUUACCCACGUGGUCCAAAUUGAGACUUGUUGGAACAUCGUCACGCCUUCACAGCGCGGGACGGGACGCGGGACGGGACACGGGGCUGAGGACGGGGCCCAUGUCAGCCCGGAACGGGUCGGCGAGCGAUGCAGAGUGCCGGAUCUCUGAGGAGGGUCAGGGCCUGGAGGACGUGGAGCUGACCGAGCUGGGGCCCCUCAUGGAGGGGGUCAGUACUGGGGCUCCUGUCCUCCCUGAUGAUGAGGAAGAUGAGGAUGAAGGUGGGCGAGGGAUGACUCUCCCCCUGCAGGCUCACCACGCCAUGGAGAAGAUGGAGGAGUUUGUGUACAAGGUUUGGGAAGGCCGCUGGAGGGUGAUCCCAUACCACGUCCUUCCCGAGUGGCUGAAGGACAACGACUACCUUCUGCACGGACACCGGCCGCCCAUGCCCUCGUUCCGAGCCUGCUUCGGCAGCAUCUUCCGCAUCCACACGGAGACUGGGAACAUCUGGACACACCUGCUCGGGCUGGUGCUGUUCCUGUUCCUGGGCACUCUCACCAUGCUGAGGCCCAACAUGUCGUUCACGGCGCCCCUGCAGGAGAAGGUGGUGUUCGGGACCUUCUUCCUGAGCGCAGUGCUCUGCCUCAGCUUCUCCUGGCUCUUCCACACCGUCUACUGCCACUCCGAAAAAGUGUCCCGCACCUUCUCCAAGCUGGAUUACUCUGGCAUCGCCCUGCUGAUCAUGGGCUCCUUUGUGCCCUGGCUCUACUACUCCUUCUACUGCUCGCCCCAGCCCCGGCUCAUCUACCUGUGCAUCGUGUGUGUGCUGGGCAUCGCCGCCAUCGUGGUGGCCCAGUGGGACCGCUUCUCCACGCCGCGGCACAGGCCCACCCGCGCAGGAGUGUUCAUGGGCCUGGGGCUGAGCGGUAUCGUACCCACGAUGCACUUCACCAUCGCGGAGGGCUUUGUGAAGGCCACCACGGUGGGGCAGAUGGGCUGGUUCUACCUGAUGGGCGCCAUGUACAUCACUGGAGCCGGGCUGUACGCCGCCAGAAUCCCUGAGAGAUACUUCCCCGGCAAGUGUGACAUCUGGUUCCAGUCUCACCAGAUCUUCCAUGUGCUGGUGGUGGCUGCAGCCUUCAUUCACUUCUACGGCGUUUCCAACCUGCAGGAGUUCCGCUACGGGCUGGAAGGGGGCUGUACGGAUGACACGCUGCUCUAAGGGAGGGGGG